AUACCUGAUGAGGCUGCUGAGGCUGACUGGGGGAGGAGGAGCUGCAUUCAGUAGUGCACUGAGCAUGUGUGUGUGUACGUGUGUGUGCGUGUGCGUGUGUGUGUGUGUGUGUGUAGAGUGAGUGAGUAAGAGAGAGAGAGAGAGAGAGAGAUUGGGAGUGAGGCACUGUGUUUGCCUUGCAUAACAUACUCCGUAUCUCUUGUACGCAAGGGCUUCAAGUGAGACAGCCCAGACAAGGGGACUUCCUUUAUGCUUACUCCUCCAGGGCCACUGCAGAAGGGAGGAGAGGGGAAGCAGAGGCAAGAGGAGAGGAAGGAGAGCAAGGGGACAUGGAGGUGAAUAUAUGACGAGAGGAUUGUGGAUCUGACUUUGUAUCUGUGAUAAACGCGGACAAAGGAUGGCUGGUGAGGAAUAGGUUUAUUUGCACUUGUAUGCUACACCGUGCAAGGCGGGAGAGACAGAGAGAGAGAGAGAGAGAGAGAGAGCGCGCGAGAGAGAGAGUCAGAGUGAGGGAGCUGUUUUCUCCACUAUCCAGAGGUAACAGCAACAGCAGUCAACAGCAAGGUACAGCAGUAUGGGAGACAAUUCCAGACGAUUCCGCAUGACGACUUCGGUAACAGCAAGAAGCACCAGUGACUGAUCUGAGUUGCGCCAUAACACAAGAUAUAAAAAGAGAACACUUUUUAGAAUAAUGGGCUUCCUGUCAGAGAAUACCAACUAGAAACCAGCCCAAACCGAUCCAGUGUAGUGGCACAUAGGAAUCAAAGAGUGAAAGAAAAUGAAGUCCAACCAGGAGCGUAGUAAUGAGUGCCUGCCUCCAAAGAAGAGAGAGAUCCUUGCACUUGAGGAGCGGCAAGUGCUGGUAGCAUCAACUGUGAAUGAGAGCCAAAGUGGUGAGAACCUGGCAUGGCUUGCUAGUGUAGCCAGCAUGGCGAACAUGGCCACUGUUCCCAACCUAGUUCCAUCACAUAGCAACAGUACUGAAGUUAGCAGCCCAGCACAAUCAACCAAAGCUCUCACUAUAGUGACAGAGUAUCCAUUUUCCACCUCUACCUCCAAUAGCGCUUUGUCAUCAUAUACAAGCUCAACACCUGUAGGAGGUCUCUCUGGAACCACAAUAACAGCCAACCCGGCUGUCCUCUCCUCCAACCUUUCUCAAGCUGCAGGAUCCAUCCAGCCCACCCAGCUGCCACAUAAUUUACAAAUCAUUGGACCCUACACCAGUUAUUUCUCCUCCCAGAUAGUGCCAGCUGCAGCAAGUCCGACCCAGUCACGUAGACCCACCCAGGAGGUUUAUGCUACCACAGCUGUCAUUCCACAAGCUUCUAACGGAAACCCACAGAAGCAGCAUGUGAUUUCAUCCCUACCUAGUGUAGCUCACACUACCAGCCAGUGCAUUCAGGUAGAGGGCACCCCAGUUGGCUUGCCAGUCAUUUCCCCACCUUCACAAGUACCCCUUCAGCUGCACACUCAUUCAACAGUUCUUGCCCCUCAUGGCCUGACCCUUGCUCCAUCACAUGGGGUUCUUGUGCAUUAUACUGAUGGACUCAUCACAAAACAACCUGAAUCCCAAAGCAGAGAUCUGCAAAAUGGUGCUCUGGGAGAGGUCACAGUGGUCAAACACACCACCAGCAUUGUGAAGGGAAUUUCUAACAAACCAGAAAGUGAUGAUGGCCAAAGGCAGAUUCAGAACCUGGCUCUCCCAACCCAAACUCAAGUCUUGCUCCCUGCUGACUAUGCUGCUCAUGAUAGUGCAGGACUUCAGACAUCAGUUAUGCUGGUAUCAAGCAACCACCUGAUGGCCAAUAAUAGCACGGAGCUUCAGAGUACCCCGGAUAAAGAGCACACAUCUCUGGCCCGAGUUGAUCGAACAAGACUUUCAUUGGGGAAGCCAGUCUCUAGAGUUUCCUCCAUUUCUCUCCCAUCAACAGACAGCAUGACAGCAUCUCUUGCUCCAACUCUCCCCCCUCACACUCUUCUGCAUACAUCUCCAUCCGCCCCUACACAGGAGCUUUCUACAAACCUUUUCUCAAGCACACAGCUGCCUAUUAUUGGAUACAUUACUAGUACAUCUGGGGCACCCCAGCAGGCUGUAGCCAGUUACCAUAGCAACCUUCCACAGCAUUUAGUGAUCUCAGGCAGUCCGUCCCUCCUCAUUCCCGUGAGUGCUGGUAACGUCACCACGUCUACUGAGUCAGAGGUCACUCGUUGCUUCAUCCCCAGCAUUUCUGCUACCAAUGUACCGACAGGUGCCACAGGUCUGCCUCAGGCCUACAUCACUGCAGCAACACCUACUGUUACAACCUCCAUCUUACCAAAUGGCAAAGAGGUCACAGGGCCUGAGGAACAUCAUGCUGCUGCUGGUGUACAAAAUUCUACACAGGUGCAACUUCCUGUGCUUUCAGCAGGAGUAGUAGCACCUCCAGCUCCUGUGCUCCCUCCAACACCCGCAAGCCCACAGAAUGCACCCCUAACUCCGUCAUCAGCCCUGCCACCAUACUUCAUGAAGGGCUCUAUCAUCCAGCUGGCAGAUGGAGAGCUUAAGCGGGUGGAAGACCUAAGGACAGAGGACUUCCUACAAAGUGCAGAAGUGAGCACAGAACUAAAAAUUGACUCAAGCACAGUUGAACGGAUAGACUCAAGCAGAACACCUGAUGCAGUUAUCAUACAGUUCUCAGUCGGUGAACACAAAGCACAGGUAUGUGUGGAAGUGCUGGUAGAGUACCCUUUCUUCGUGUUUGGUCAGGGAUGGUCAUCCUGCUGCCCAGACCGCACUACCCAGUUACUGGCUCUGUCAUGUGCCAAAUUAUCUGUUGGUGAUGUCUGCAUCUCCCUCACCUUGAAGAGUCUGAGGAAUGGUGCAUUACAAAAAGACCAAAGUUUUGGUCCUGUGAAGAAUCUUAAUAACGUUCAUCAUAAAGCAGCCAAGACCAGUGGACAGACUGGAGAGCCACAAACUCUGAGGGAGGACCAGAGAGAUCAGAACAUUUUUGGAUUAGAAGGGGAACAAAAGAUCGAUGGUCUUAAUCUUAAGAGUACUAACUCUGGUAACAGUGUGAUCAUCUCAAAAAAUGGAGAGGGGAAGGUUCAUGCAGCAGGGAGUCGCAAGAGAAGGUGGUCCGCCCCAGAGAAAGGAGAGGUAGGGAAGUCACAGGAGAAUGACCACCCUGGAACUCUGCCUCAACCUUUCUUCCUUUCACAGGAGUUGAAGGUCAGCAUUGAGGGAAGGUCUAGUAUGGGCACCUGAGGUAUCGUGGUAGCCACCAAAAACGAGUGGUUUAUUCAGUUACUUGAGGCGUUGGCUGGUGACCGCUGUUCCAAACUAUGUAUGUUCUUCACUGGGCAAAAUAUGCAGCAGUACAAGAAUAACAGGAUUAUUAUGGUUUUCUUCUCAUGGCUUAUUUUAGUUACUGUAACAGGAGCUACUUUUGCCUCACAGUAUUUACAGGAUAUGUUUUUGUAAUAAAAUAAACAAAUAAUUUUUGGUGUUUGUCAUGGGGCAUACACAUGAAUAUGCGGGGUACUUAUUUUUGUAGUUAAAUCUGCCAUUGUCUGUUUUUGACACUUUGUUCUAUGUUCAUGUAAAUUGUAGCAUAAUUGUAUGUCAGUCAUAAUCAAUGACUCAAACACAUAUAGACCAGUAGGCUGGAGAGAUUGGUAAAUAAUGUGACCUGCUGGGACAGAUUUUCCCCAGAAAUAUUAGUUAAAGGUAUGUUGCUAAGAUCUGCUUUAUACUUUAUGAAGAUAAUCUAUAUCGGUUAUGAUGAAUAUUGCUAAUAUAAUUAGCAUGAAAAACAACUACCAUAAAAAAUAGAUAUAAAACUGUCAAUUAACAAUGACCAUUCUGUCUGUUCCUGAUUGAGCGGGAUCGAAUAGGAGUCCUAGGUGUGAUAUUACGACGAGUGAAUUUUGUUAACCAAAUGUGGUCCGAUUAUUGGGGACAAAACUGGACUUUAACACUGAAUGUUAAGGAUUAUACAUAUUUUUUACCAAUAUUUUAAUGAAAUACACCAGAAUUUAAUUAGUCUAAAUGUUCUAGAUAUGCAAUAUUAUGAUUAUUUACAUACCUCAAACAUGACACAAGGCUGUUUCAGGUUCUGUUCAGAAUCUGGGCUCUUUAAAACCACGUCCAAAAUCCAUGUUCACGUUCAUACGUUGGAUAUGUGCAGGUGAAUUCUCACUCAGCCUUUGAAUAUUAGCACUUUACUGAAGGCAAUGGAUGAUUAAAACGCUCACCUCUGCUUUGUUGCCUAGGCAACAGCCAUUUGCACAAUGUCGAUUUUAGAAUAAUGUUAGCUGUCCUGUGUGUUUUAACCCCAUUUAAAACAAAUUACAACCCAUCACGCUGAUGUUUUUUUUUUUUUUUUUUUUUUUUUAAAUCCGUUUGAAAUCGAGUCGGGGUCCGUGAAAGCGUUGUGUUAUUAAAUUUCUAGUGGGGUUGGAAUUUAAGCAACUGGAUUUCUGUGUACAAAAUGACACACAAUUGUGUAAUAUAUUGUGUAUAUACAAUAUAUUCUGUUUAGGAAUACAUUGAUAACAUUUAAUGAUAUAUUCCAUUUCCAUUGGGGUAAUGACUCUCUCUAGGGAUUCUGUUUAACACCUUACUGUAACACUUUACCAUAACAGUCCAUAAAUAAUCCUACACUAAUAAGUGAACUAAUAUUUACAUGAACUAAUGAUGAGUUAACGCCAGGUACUAAUCACUUACCACGGAAGAGUUAACCUUAACUACGUACAGUAUGACGUGAGUCUGAAUGAGCGUGUUUCCGUUUACUUUACCUUUAUAUCAUAAUUAAUACAUUAACUAACAGACGAUCCUUAAGGUUGUAUUUCACGCAUUUCAUAAGACUGUUAAGUCGUAGUUAAGGUUAGUUCUUUGUAGUUUGUGAUUAGUACCUGGCUUUAACUCAUCCUUAGUUGAAGUUUAUGUAUUAAUUCAGGUAUUAGUGCAUGAAUAUCCACUUGACUAUAAUGUCCACAAAUAAGCACAAUGUUAUUAUGUGUAUUAAUGCUUUUCUAAUAAUUUGUUAAUUCAUGCACUAAAUCAUUAGCUCAAGUUUUUACAUUAUAACAGCCACAUAUUGUUCAUAUAUGAACAAUCUUUAAUUAUGGUAUUAGUCAGAUGUUUACAUAUUGUCAGUUAGUUAUUGUCAUGCUGCAGAAUUAGAUAUGAUUAUUUACAGACUGAAUGGUGUGUGUGUAUGUGUGUGUGUGUGUGUGUGUGUAACAGUGGAGAUUAUCCCAAAUUAUAGACUACCAUGAAAGUUUAAGACCCAAUUUUGUUCUCCAGCACCUGUAAUUCAUGAGUAAAACUUUUUUUUUGCAUUGUUUAUUGCAAAAGCUGUCACAAAAGUAUAUUAUUUAUCUAUAUAACCUCUGCAACAGCUGUACUGCAACUCUGUGCUGCAACAGCUAUGUAGAGUCCUUUAAGGAAAAAUCUUACUGUUUUCUAGAUUUACCCUCAUACAUAUUGUCAUCAUUGUCAGCUGUGGUAUAAAGCAAACUUUUAUGCUGCAGUUCUUCAUCAUGUCAAUAAAGUGACUCAAUUUGGUCCCAAGUUUAUCUCAAAUCAUCUGAAAUUUUGGUUAUCACACAUUGUGUACAAAUUUGAUUAAUGAUAUCUUUAAUAUCUUUAUUCUUAAUAUCAAAGUCAUCUUUAUUAAUGCUGUAAGUCAUGGAUCAUAACAGUAGUUAACAGGAUUUUAACACUUAACUAUUAGGAUUAUUAACGGCUGGAUAUACAGUAUAGGACUCAGAGUCUAAUGUAUACGAUUUGUGCAUGUAUCCAUUCAUCACUUUAUUAAAAACAAAAGCAUUACAUUAUUUUUUUGUGGAUCUUAUAGUAGAGUGUUUGUGGCUAUUGUACUGUUUGGGGCUUUUUUAGCGGUUUAAGUAGCCCGAUGUCACCUACAGGAAGUGUAAGAGUUCAGAGAAAAGGUCACUGAGAGGACAUCAGCUUGAGUGUGACGUGUGUAAUUUAGAUGAAAUAAAAAAAAAACUUGUGUUUUUUUCUUAUAUAGUGUACUGUGUAGUGGGUCAACCACAUAGUUACCAAAAGGAUUGAUGUUUAAGCAUCUCUUAUUUUAAUUUAAGUAACUACGUACUCAGCUGGGUGUGUUGUCUGCCACAAAGGCACAAUGUACACAAACACACACAAUGUUACUGGCUGUUUCAUUCAAGAGAGCCCUACUAUGAUGACAAAGCUAUACUUUGUAUACCAGUAAUUCAGAUUUUUUGCUAUUUGCACAAGUAGAAAUAUUAAAGUAGGUUUACAGAAUGUAUGUCUUUGCAUUAUCUCUGUGAUUCGUCUUUAUUAUACUUUUUUUUUUAAAUAAGUUAUCUGGUGCACUCCUCACUAAUUAUGGGUUGGUAAUCUCUCCAAAAAGGAUGUGUGAGUAAACCGAAAUGUCAUCCAUGUCUGUGUGUAAAUGUGGGUGUAAGUGUGUGUGUGUGUGUGUGUGUGUGUGUGUGUGUGUGUGUGUGUGUGUGUGUGAGAAAGCAACCUUAAAUGUUAGUUGGGGGAAGCAAUGCAUGAUUGCACAUAUCGGGGAGAGUUUACGCACUUUCUAAAAUCUGUGUGUGUGUGUGUGUGUGUGUGUGUGAGAGAGAGAGAGAGAGAGAGAGAGAGAGAGAGAGAGAGAGAGAGAGAGAGAGAGAGAGAGAGAAGAUUAACACAGUGUUUAAGGCAGAAAUGGUCAUUAUAUGGUCACGUGUAGUUCAAGUGUCUUAUAAUUCUGAAACUACCAUUAAACACAUUCCUAACCAAUGGAACAUAACGUCACUUUUCGUUGUUAUUGCAGUUAAAGGAUUGGUGCUAUGACAUUAGAAUAGAAGCCAGCUACAUCCACGUCUGUCUUUAGUCUCUUCUACAGUAUGUGUUCUUCUCUUUUAUUAACCGUACGGGCCGAGAUAUUUAAUUUCAUGGUAAUUGUGUGAACUGUAUCUAUUAUCCUCUUUAGUGACUUCACUAAACAUACUCUGGUCUCAGUGUACUACUGUAAAUGUUAGUUAAAACUAUCAAUAUUCCACACUUCAGCCUGUCCAACAGCAAUUUAGUGCACACCCACAGGGCAUGCCUCUUUUGGAGCUUUGUUUUAUUUUGUUUUAUUAUUUGAAGUAAUCAUUUUUAAGUAUAUAUUUGUGUAUAAUAUUUGUGUGUAAUUCCUUCUUUGUAAAGCUUGCAUGAAAAGACCUGACAAUGAAGCUGUAUCCAUUAAUCAUUUUGCAACUCCAAAAGCAUUUCAGCAGUGAUUUUACAUUCCAGCAAAGAUUUCAUAUCGAGAUUCCAGAUAAUCAGAAGGAAUUUGUUUUGGACAAAAACCUUCAAAAACGAUGCAAGAGCGUCGACUUUUCACCACAAAUCAGCAUAAUUAAGGCUCAGGUGAAGAGACUGGUCGAAGGACUUACAUUAGUAUCUAAUAAAAGACAUCAUACAGACACUGCGAUGUCCACUUUUGCCUUUCUGACAACAUCUGAUGUGUCCAUGUUACACAUCCAGAAGGACUCGUAAUAGCUGUUGAAAAAUGUACAAAAACUUUGAUUGGACACAUGAAGACAUUUCUCCUGAUUUAACUUUGUGAUGCUUGCAAUGACCAGGAAAAGCCUCAAGCAAUAGCACCAUGUCACAGUAAGAGCAGGAGACAGACAAGCUGUCCAUUAGACAUGUGGAGACAGACAGCUGGACAAGUCAUCAGCAGGACAUGACAUUCAUCCUGCCUUCACCAGAGCUCUCACUGGUUCACUCAGACCUACUCACUAUCACCUCCUGCUGGACAAAACAUCCUUUGGGCAACUGUUAUAUCUUUAUAAUAUCUAUAUUUAUUCAUUUUAUUACCAAACCAUCGAUUUUACUGGAUUUUGAUGACAAUGUACUGAGGGUAGAUCCUUCAGUUCUGUGUAAAACCUCAAAACAUAAAAAAGGGGAUUUUUUUAAAAUUUCCGAAAUAAAAGCAAUGUGGUAAACUAUUACUAUUUGUGUGACUUGUGUAGCUGUGUAAAAAAAAAUCUUGUUUUUCUGACAUAUUUAUUUUGUAACUAACAAAAAGCAAAUAAGAAAGAAUUAAACCUCAGAUGUUGUUGUGGUGUAUCGUUGUAAAUGAUGCAUCCAAGACUGUUCAGUGGAUCCAGUGCUCUCUUUCAUUUGGUGGUGCUUGAGUUUCUUUUUUUCUUUUUGUUUGAAAUAAAUAGACUACGACUUGAUUUGAAGGAAAUAUAGAGAAAUGUGGGACUCCUGAUUUUUUUUUUAAUGUCUGAUUUAGAAAUGACUUGUUGUACAGUAUCCAUUUAAUGUCCCUGUAUAAUCUAAUAAAAUUCUGUGCAAGUUU